AAGCCACAACACGACGGCGGUCAGAGCACAACGGUCAGGCCUUGAGGUGCAAAAUGAAGCUGAGCAACGGGGCUGCGGUGACCCCAGUGACUGGGGAGGAGGCCGAGGACUUGCUCAAGAACUUCCCCGGGUACGUGGACGGGCUGGUGAGGGCGGGGCCCUCGCGCUGCCUCCUCCCCACCGCCUACACCCGCUUUGCUGAGGAAUACCUCAACUUCAAGUUCCGCAGCAGUGACGUCUUGAUCAUGACCUACCCCAAGUGCGGCACCACGUGGACUCAGGAGAUCAUUUGGACCAUGUGCCACAACCCCAACCUCGACAACCCAGAUGCCGACCUCAUUGGUUACAUACGGUCACCUUUUCUGGAGUUCGACUCUUUGACGGACGUGAUGCAUAGAGAAGCUGGUCAAAAUUCUGCGAUAGUGGAGGGGCUACAGAAGCGAGACCCCACGGCUUCACCAGACGCCGGGGUGUUCUUGGGGCUCACGAAAGUGGCUGAUGACCCUCGCAUCAUCAAGACGCAUCUCCCCUUCAGCAUCCUGCCGCCCAACCUGCUGGACACCUGCAAGGUUGUGUACGUGGCCCGCAACCCCAAGGACGCGCUGUCCUCCUACCUGCACCACCACAGGCUCAUCAAGGUGCACGACUUCCAGGGCACUGACGACCAGUUCGUCGACUACUUCAUCAACGGACAAGUUCUGCACGGUGGGUACGCGGACCACCUGACGGAGGCGUGGCCGCUGCGGGGCCACAAGAACUUGGCCUUCCUCUUCUACGAGGACCUCAAACGCGACCCUUGA